AUGCACUAUCACCUUACUCAUCCCCACUCCCUCCGUAAAAUACAUAUCCCACGCGGGCCAAUAGUGAUUCAGCACUCGGGUGCUCUCCGAGGACGACCAGCACUGCGGCGGGUGCUGGCUCUUGUCCUACACCCAGCUGCUCACGAAUCUGCCGGCAGUCUGCUCACCGCCUGCCGCCUCUCCAGCGAGGCUUCCCCUCCGGCAGCCAUCAAACUUUUUGCUGCUUUCCGGAUUGCUUCCUUGAAGCCUUGGGCUGGCAGGGUGAGGGGUAGGCUGCCUAGGAGGACUGCCGGUGUUUGGCUGGGUCCGGGCGCUUUGUGGCGGCAAGUUCACCGCCCUGCUGGCCGGCGGGGCGUUGCCUCUGAAGGCGGCGGCGGCGCUGAGCGCAUCUCCAUCCACGCACUGCUCCUGCGGGAACCGGCCACAGCUCCCACUGAGGAACCACUCCCUGACCACCAAAAGGCGGCUCGCACAGCGCUGGACAGGGAUUCGGCCGAGGAGGGCCCUCGGGGACCGCCACCCCCCUCACUCAACCACCUCCCCGGCCGGCGAGGCACGACCCCCGCAGGGGGCGCGGGGAGGCCGCGCCCGUUAACCGCCCACGGCCGCCUCCCCGACCCUAGCGACAAAACAUUUGGCCUAAAGAAUAAAAAAGGUGCAAAACAACAGAAAUUUAUCAAGGCUGUUACUCACCAGGUUAAAUUUGGUCAGCAAAAUCCACGUCAGGCUGCUCAAACAGAAAGUGAGAAGAAAUUAAAAAAAGAAGAUAAGAAAAAGGAAUUACAAGAAUUAAAUGAACUCUUCAAGCCUGUGGUUGCUGCACAGAAAAUUAGCAAAGGUGCUGACCCCAAAUCUGUAGUUUGUGCUUUCUUCAAGCAAGGACAAUGCACUAAAGGAGACAAGUGCAAGUUUUCUCAUGAUUUGUCUUUGGAAAGGAAGGGUGAAAAACGAAGUGUCUACAUUGAUGCAAGAGAUGAAGACCUUGAAAAAGAUACAAUGGAUAACUGGGAUGAGAAGAAGCUGGAAGAAGUGGUGAACAAGAAGCAUGGUGAGGCGGAAAAGAAAAAACCCAAAACUCAAAUAGUCUGCAAAUACUUCCUUGAUGCUAUUGAAAACAACAAAUAUGGAUGGUUUUGGGUCUGUCCAGGUGGAGGAGACAACUGCAUGUAUCGCCAUGCUCUCCCUCCAGGUUUUGUAUUAAAAAAAGACAAAAAGAAGGAGGAAAAGCAAGAUGAAAUUUCUUUAGAAGAUCUAAUAGAAAAAGAGCGUGCUGCCUUAGGACCAAAUGUUACCAAAAUUACUCUAGAGUGUUUUAUUGCAUGGAAGAGAAGAAAAAGACAAGAAAAAAUUGAUAAGGCUGAGCAAGACAUGGAGAGGAGGAAAGCAGAUUUUAAAGCUGGCAAAGCACUGGUGAUUAGUGGACGUGAAGUAUUCGAGUUCCGGCCAGAGUUGGUUGAUGCAGAUGAUGAAGAAGCAGAUGACACCCAUUACAUUCAAGGAACGGGAGAAGAUGAUGAGAUGGAAGACCCUGUGUGCAUAAAUGAUGUAGAUUUGAGCCUGUACGUCCCAAAGGCUGUAGAUGAGACUGGUAUUACUGUGGCUAGUCCCGAGCGAUUCAGUACAUACAGUUCAAUAGAAAAAGAUGAUAAUAAAUUAAGUGAAGCUUCUGGUGGUGAUAUAAACAGCAGUGAGCAAAAUGAUUUAGAGGAAGAUAAUGAUGGAGAUGGGGAGUUGGAAAAUGGAGUAAUUGAUGCAGUUCCAGUUGAUGAGAAUCUUUUUACUGGAGAGGACUUGGAUGAACUAGAAGAAGAACUAAACACUCUUGAUUUAGAAGAAUGAAUUAAAAAGCUCAACUGAGGAGUUAAAUCUAUGUGACAAAGUGAAAAAUGACUACGUUUUUUCUCCUUUUUGAAUAGAAUUCUUAAACAGGAUGUUUAUGGUUACCCAGCUGAUUCUGAUGGGCACGUCAUAUACCAGGAAUAUUUUCCUUCAAUCUCAUCUACUCCAGUCUUGACUAUGCUCACAGUAAAAUAUUCAGAGUAGUUCAGAAUUACCUGACAGCUGAAUUCGCAGAAAAUGAGAUUAUAACUUUCAACUAAAAGUAGGAAGUGUAACUGCUUUGCCAGUAUGCAAGUAUAGGUGGGCAAUCUGAUACCAGGUACAGUAUAAAAAUCAAAGUAUACUUUCUUCACCAGAACUGCAUUUUUAUUAGUGAUUGUGUUAAUUUAGAAGCUGCCUGAAGUGUGUUUAGGCAGUAUUCUCUAAUGGAGCUGAUGCAGAUUAUGCUUCUUUAAGUGGUGAUUAGCUUUAUUUGAUCAGCUGGAUACUGAAGAUUGUGAACUGAUACAUCAUACAAUACAAUAUGGUGCCCUCUGUUUAAAAUGUUUUAAACUUUCCCACCGCCUUUUGCCAACAAAACUGUAAAUAAAAACUAUCAACUUUAAAAUACCUGUGUUGAUUUUUCUCUGUUAAGUUAGGAUAUCAUACCAGAUUGUUAAUAACUUCACUUUCUAAUACAGUGAUGAAUAUUUUUCUCUCCAGUCCUCAUACAAAGUGAUGAUGUUGGCUUCAGUUAAAUUAGGGCUAACUGCAAUUACAAUUUUUUUUUCUCCACUUCAUGCAGUCUAAAACU